AUGCCCAAAAACAAGAAGGGAUAUUCUUUCAAGAAUAAGAGUGUUCAUGAAUUUGAUUCCAUACAGGGAAUUUUAUUUACAUGUAAUAGUUCGAGGCAGAGAGAAGCAGUGCAAGAAGCGAUCGGAUUGCUUGAACAGUUUGGAGAAAAAAUUGUGGAGAAUGAUACAUUACUUUCCGAUAUUAUGGAAGUCAUUGAAAAAGAAAAAACAAAACAACAAAAUGCAACAAAGAAGAGACAAAAUAGAAUUAAUCAAAAAUCGAAAAAAGAAAAAUUAGAUGCAAAGAACGUGAGCGAAUUGGGCAAUGAAGAAAUGACAUCAGAGUCUGUCACUCCAUCCAUUCAACAACCAGCAGAAAGCGUUACAGUUGAAAAAAUUGAUAAUUCUGGCUUUGAAAAAGCAACUGAAUCUUUAACAGAGAAUGCUACAAGUUCAAAUCAUCCAACAACACAAGUUCCAAGCGCACAAGUCGAUUCAAUUUUGGCAGGCACUACCACUGAACAAAAUUCACAAAAAGAUUCAACAAACACUCAACAUACACAAACAAGGCUUACAACAUGGCAAGCUAAAGAACGACAAACGCCUUCUGAAGAUAUUGAUUCGAAAUUGCUGCCUUGUGAUUUUUUGGAAGGCGAAGUUAAAAUUGUUAAAGAUGGUAAAAAAGAUUUUGAGAGUUUGGAAACAGGAGUUGCAGGUCAAAUAUUUAUUAGAAUCAAAAAUAGGAAAAUAUCGCCACUAGUUUUGUGCAAGAAAAUGGCAAAGCAUUUUGAAAAGGCGCAUGCCAGAAUGGAAGACAUUUCUUCACGUUUUCUUUUCAAAAUGUAUCCAAUUUUUGACAUUUUUCCAGCCAAUGAGAAGAAUUUGACCAAUAGAUUUCAAAAAUUACUUGAUGAUCACAAAGAAGAGCUCGACAAAAAGUUGAAAUAUAUGGUUCAGUUUAAAGCACACCACAACAACUCUCUUCAAAAGAAGCUAGUUCUUGAUACCAUUGAGGAAAAAGUGAAACAUUUCAGCGUGGCAGAGAUCUAUCAUCCAUCUGAGGAAUUUUAUGUUUUUUUAAUUAAGGGCAAAUGUUUAUUAGGAUAUGCCACCGAGUGCGAAUCUUAUAAUUUCAACAUUAAUUCCAUGCGACUCGUCACUACACAAGAACAAGAAUUGAAAGAGAGCCAAAGAAUGGCCAGUAAGAGAAAACAAAACGAAGCGACGCAAGAAGCAUCUCUAGAGAUUGCUGACAUGAUUGAGGAAAAUACCACCUAUGCAGAAUCAUCGACAAGAGAGGAUGAGAUGGCCGACGACGUUGAAAAUGCAACAACAACAACAACAGCAGAGGACGACAAGAUGACUACAACAAACUCAGCAACAAGUGAGACUGAAAAUCCAGUCGUGAUUGAAAUCGAUGUAGAAGGUACCGACACUGUUGAAACUACGCAAGACAACAACACAUUUCAACCCAUUCCUUACAGCACCAUCACGAAACGAAUUUAUUCCAAACGACGAAAGAUUCAAAACCAUCCUUCUGUUGAAUUAGAGGACAUUCAAGUGAUUUAG